AAGCGGAGUGCGGAGAAGACGAGGAUCUUGAUCUCAGAUGAUAGUGCAUCGAAUUUAUUAAAAACGUUGAUGACUGUACAGCAUACAAGUACAAUGGCUACUCAAAAGCCAGUAGAGUGGGUUAACUCACUGAUGACUCGAUUCGAAGAACAACUUCCUUGCAGGAGUGGCCCACAAACAACCCAUUCCAGAAUAAAUGUAGAACAAAAUAAAGAAAGCCUUAUAAACAUAAGCAAAUACAGGUUUUCUUUAGUCAUUGCAGGAUUAACUAAAAUUCUCCACAGUGUGAAUGAAAUGCGUUUACAUAGUCAAUUUCAACCUGAAUUUGAGAAAAACUUCUAUGAAUCCCAACUCAUUGUUUUAGAUACAUUAGAAAGAUGUCUAAGUGGACAACCUAAAGAGACAUCAAGGUAUGAUGAAGCAAUGAAUGUAAAAUCUUUGUUGAGAGAAUUAUGCCAGUUCAUAGAUGUUCCAAAUGAAAAUCACAUGGUAAUCCAGUUGAAAAAUCUUGCAUCAAAAGUUAUUUUCUCCUUAAGUUUAAAUAAUUUUAGUGCUGUCUUCAGCCGAAUAUCUGCCAGAAUGCAAGAGUUAUCUAACAGUAAUGAAGAAAAUCCAGACUUGAUUGACAUUGAACUGAUACAACAUAUCAAUUUAGAUGUAACUCGUUUAAUUAAAUUAUUAAAUGAAGUGAUCCAGAAAUUUAAAAGUUUGAAGAAAAAUGUUUAUGUUGUUCUCAUUAACAGUUUGGAAAAAGCUAUUUGGAAUUGGAUGGAUACAUAUCCUAAAGAGUUUAUGGAACUUCAGAGAAAGACUAAUGACGAGUUAGCUGAUUGCUGUGAUCGCUUAUUUGAUCUCCUUGAUAAUUUUGCUGAAAAUAAUAACAAAAAAAGAAUGGCUGCUUGGCCAUUACAAAUUAUGCUUCUUGUUUUAUGUUCUAAAAUUCUGGAAGAAAUCGUUAAUGCAGAUGCUGGAGCUCCAUUUUCUCCUAAGCAUUAUAGAAAGCGCCAGUUUGUUGAUAGUGUAAAAAAGGCACUUGUUCCUCAUUCCUCUAGUAAGCAACAAAGUGAAGCAGCUGCUGUGACAUGUGUGCGGUUAUGCAAGACAUCAACAUAUAUAAAUAUUUUAGAUAGUAACAAUGUUGUUUUCUCCUUAGUACAGUCUGUGAUCAAUGAUCUUAAGCUAUUACUUUUCAACCCAUGUAAACCUUUCUGUCGUAGUCAAGCUACUAUCAAUCAAGAUGUUGACCUCAUGAUUGAUUGCUUUGUUUCAUGUUUCCGCAUAAAUCCUCAUAAUAAUGAAGCACUUAAAGUCUGUCUCAACCUUAAUUCACCAUCUACGUAUCAUUUUGUCUUGGUUUGUUCAUUACAUCGUAUCAUCACGCAAGCAAGGCUUCCCUGGUGGCCUCAAAUUGAUAUUGUAUAUAGCAAAGCUCAUGAAUUGCGAAAUAUGUUUACAGAUACUCUAACAAAAGUGACUCAAGGCUGCAUAAGUCAUACACCUCUGCGAAUGAUACAGAGUCUAACGCUGAAAGAAAAAGUUAGUACUUUAAAAUUCAAAGAAAAGUCUGAAGAAUCUCUGAGUUAUAAAAAUCUUUUAUUAUGGAUGGUACGUCUUAUACAUGCUGAUCCUGUACUUAUGUUAAAUAAUCAAGGAAAAGCUGGACAUGAAAUUCAGAGCAGCACUUUAGAGUUGAUAAACGGUCUUGUCUCUCUUAUUCAUCAACCUUCUAUGCCUGACGUGGCUCAAGAAGCAAUGGAAGCAUUGCUUGUUUUGCAUGAUCCAACAAAUAUAGAGAUGUGGAACCCAGAAUCACCUAUUAAUACAUUUUGGGAUGUCAGCUCCCAGGUGCUGUUUUCUAUAUCUCAAAAGUUGAUUCAACACCAGAUUAUGAACUAUACUGAAAUUCUCAAAUGGGUGAGAGAAAUUCUUAAAUGCCGAAAUGCUUUUCUUCAGAAGCACAAAGAAUAUGCAAAUUUAGGAAGUCACAUUGCUAUUUGCAAACAAGCCCAUAUAAAAUUAGAGGUGGUUUUCUUCAUGUAUUUAUGGAGUGUUGAUAUUGAUGCUGUACUUGUUUCUAUGUCAUGCUUUUCUUUAUUGUGUGAAGAAGCUGAUAUAAGAUGUGGUCAAGAUGAUUUAACUGUUACAUAUAUGCUGCCAAACUAUCACGUAUAUCAAGAAUUAUCUGCUGCUAGUACAAUAUUAACUACAGGUAGAGCUGCUUUACAAAAGCGUAUUAUGGCUUUGUUAAGAAAAAUUGAGCAUUGUACACAAGGUUGUUCCCAGGCAUGGGAAGAUACUUUCAUGAACUGGGAGGCAGCUACUAAAAUGCUUGUCAGUUACCCCAAAACCAAACUCGAAGAAGCUCAGAUUUGUGAAGGUUUUCAUAGAACUAUAGGGAAACGUAGAGCCUCACAUCAAAGCACUGAACAUGAGUUGGAAGAUCAACUUAAUGAAUGGGCUAACAUGACAGGCUUUUGUUGCGCAAUGGGUGGUGUAUGUUUGUUGAGAAAAUCACCUUCAAGGACUAGUAGUUUGUCCAAUAUGCCUGGUUGUGCUUCAUCAUUACCAAUGGAUGCCCGUAAAGGAAGUAUGCUCACUCCUGGGCAAGAUUUACAGUACUGUCCUGUUACACAAUUUGUUGGACAAUUACUUCGUUUAUUAGUAUGUCACAAUGAAAAGUUUGGCACACAAAUCCAGAAGCAUGUGAAAGAAUUGGUUGCCCAUGAAAUGAGUCCCACUCUUUAUCCUAUUUUAUUUGAUCAAAUCAAAGCUAUUGUCGAAAAAUUCUUUGAUUUACUAGGCCAGGUAGUGGUAACAGAGCCAAAUACACAGUUUAUAGAGCAUAUAAUAUUCAUCUUAAAAAGUGUCUUGGAAAAUAAAGUUGAUCAUACUGCAGAGCAUUUAGGAGUUAGUAGUAUUGAAGGAAUGAUGUUAGCUAUAGUGAGAUAUGUGCGACAUUUAGACACAACUGUACACGCUAUUCAAAUAAAAACAAAGCUUUGUCAACUUGUUGAGGCUAUGAUGAUGCGAAGAGAUGAUUUAGCAUUUCGUCAAGAAAUGAAAUUUCGUAAUAAAUUGGUUGAAUAUCUCACUGAUUGGGUAAUGGGUAACAGUCAUCAGCUAGCUCCUCCUAACUCUGGAGAUGUCACAACUUUAACAAGAGACCUUGAUCAGGCUUGCAUGCAGGCUGUUGCAGCUCUCCUAAGAGGUUUACCACUACAACCAGAAGAAAGUGAUAGAGGGGAUUUAAUGGAAGCAAAAUCACAAUUAUUUUUAAAAUAUUUUUCUUUAUUUAUGAAUUUAUUAAAUGAAUGUGGAGAUUCAACUGAAGAAAAAGAUGUCUCACGGCAUAGAAUGAAUGCUUCUAAGAUGAGUGAACUCCGUACUUGUACCAUUCAAGCCAUGUCGAAUCUUUUAAGUGCUAAUGUUGAUAGUGGGUUGAUGCAUUCAAUUAGUUUAGGUUAUCACAAAGAUCUUCAAACUAGAGCAGCUUUUAUGGAAGUUCUUACCAAGAUCUUGCAACAGGGUACAGAAUUCGAUAUGCUUGCUGAAACUGUACUCGCUGACCGUUAUGAACAGUUAGUGCAGCUUGUGACUAUGAUUGGGGAUAAAGGAGAAUUGCCAAUUGCCAUGGCUUUAGCAAGUGUUGUUAUGAAUCCUCAAAUGGAUGAGCUUGCUAGAGUUUUUGUUACCCUGUUUGACGGAAAGCAUUUGUUAGCACAAUUAUUAUGGAAUAUGUUUUAUAAAGAGGUUGAAGUUACUGAUUGUAUGCAAACUUUAUUCAGAGGUAAUAGUCUUGGAAGCAAAAUAAUGGCAUUUUGUUUCAAAAUAUAUGGUGCUAGCUAUUUGAUGUCUUUGCUGGAUCCAUUGGUGACUCCCUUGCUAGAUCAACCUAAUAUCAGCUAUGAAGUUGACCCUGCUCGGUUGGAAGAAGGGGAAGAUGUUGAAGAAAAUAGACGAAAUUUGCUAUCAAUUACACAAAAAGUUUUCAAUGCUAUUAUUUCAUCUGCAGACAAGUUUCCUCUGCAAUUGCGAAGUAUGUGCCAUUGUUUAUAUCAGGUUUUGAAUAAACGAUUUCCUAAUUUUCCACACAAUAUUAGUGCUGUUGGUACUGUUAUAUUUUUGCGUUUCAUCAAUCCUGCAGUUGUUUCUCCAUUUGAAAUGGGAAUAGUGGAGAGGCAACCGUCUCCUCGUACCAAAAGAGGAUUGAUGUUGAUGUCAAAAAUUCUACAAAACAUCGCUAAUCAUGUAGAAUUUAGCAAAGAACAACACAUGCUUCCAUUCAACGAUUUUUUACGUGCAAAUUUUGAGUUGGGACGAAGAUGGGUGGUGCAGAUAACUUCUGACCUAGAGUCAGUAGACCAAGCAAGUCAUAGUUUGUCUUUUAUCAGUGAUGCAAAUGUCCAUGCCCUUCACAGACUUUUGUGGAACCAUCAGGAAAAGAUAGGAGAUUAUUUGUCAAGUUCCAGAGACCACAAAGCAGUUGGUCGACGACCUUUUGAUAAAAUGGCUACUUUGCUAGCUUAUUUGGGACCACCAGAGCACAAACCUGUGGAUUCACAGGUCCAUUCAUUAACUGACUUCUAUGUUAAGCAAGGAACUUCUCUAUUAUUUACUAUGGAUUUAAAAGGGCUUAAAGUCGUGUGGAAUAGCAUGGAUAUGACUAGUACAAAAUUUGAAGAAAUCAUGUCUAAACAUAAUAUGCAUGAGAAAGAUGAAUUUAAAUCCAUCAAAUCACUUAAUAUUUUCUACCAAGCUGGAACAUCAAAAAGCGGCCAUCCAGUGUUUUAUUUCAUUGCAAGGAGAUACAAAAUUGGUGAAACAAAUGGGGAUCUCCUAAUUUACCAUGUAAUUUUAACGUUAAAACCAUUCUGUCAUAAAGCAUUUGAAUUGGUUGUGGACUUCACUCAUACCAGCACUGAGAAUCGUUUUAGGACUGAAUUUCUUCAAAAAUGGUUUGUAGUGCUUCCUGAAGUAGCAUAUGAAAAAAUUCAAGCAGCUUAUAUUUACAAUUGUAAUUCUUGGGUUAGAGAAUACACUAAGUACCAUGACAGAAUUCUGGCUCCUCUUAAAGGUUGUCGAAAACUUAUUUUCUUGGACACACCGCAAAGACUUAACGAUUACAUAGAGACUGAUCAACAGCGUCUUCCAGGUGCUACCUUAUCUUUAGAUGAAGAUUUAAAAGUUUUCAAUAAUGCUUUAAAAUUAUCCCACAAAGACACAAAAGUUGCUAUAAAAGUUGGACCUACUGCUAUUCAAGUUACUUCUGCUGAAAAAACCAAAGUUAUUGGGCAUUCAGUUUUACUGAAUGAUGUUUACUAUGCAUCAGAGAUUGAAGAAGUAUGUUUGGUGGAUGACAAUCAGUUUACUCUAACUAUAGCAAAUGAAAGUGGACCACUGUCUUUCAUCCAUAAUGACUGUGAUAGUAUAGUUCAGGCUAUAAUACAUAUCAGAACUCGCUGGGAACUAUCUCAACCAGAUUCUGUAACAGUUCAUACAAAGAUACGACCAAAAGAUGUUCCAGGCACUCUUUUAAACAUGGCCCUGUUAAAUCUUGGCAGUUCAGAUCCCAAUUUAAGAACUACUGCUUACAAUCUGUUAUGUGCACUAACUGGUACUUUUGAUUUGAAAAUUGAAGGACAACUUUUAGAGACUGCAGGUCUCUGCAUUCCUUCCAAUAAUACAAUAUUUAUUAAACAAAUCAGUGAAAAAUUGGCUCAGAAUGCAUCACAUUUGACUCUAGAAUUUUUAGAAGAAUGUAUUCAAGGCUUCCGAUCAUCAACAAUUGAACUAAAACAUUUAUGUUUAGAAUACAAGACACCAUGGCUACCAAACUUAACAAGAUUUUGCAAACAUAAUGAUGACAGUAAACGCCAAAGAGUGGCUACUAUUUUAGACAAGCUUAUUACACUUACAAUUGAAGAAGUUGAGAUGUAUCCAUCAAUUCAAGCAAAAAUUUGGGGAAAUAUUGGACAAGUAUCAGAUUUAUUGGAUACUGUACUGGAUAGUUUUAUUAAAAGGAGUGUUACUGGUGGUUUGGGAUCAGCUCAGUCUGAAAUUAUGGCUGAUACAGCAGUUGCAUUAGCCUCUUCUAAUGUUCAACUUGUUGCUUUGAAAGUAAUAAGUCGUUUGUGUAGGGUGAUUGAUAAAACUUGUGCUUCACCAACUUCCACUUUGGAACAACAUUUAAUGUGGGAUGACAUAGCAAUUCUAGCUCGUUACCUUUUGAUGCUGUCUUUCAAUAAUUCACUAGAUGUGGCAAGUCAUUUACCUUAUUUAUUUCACAUUGUUACAUUACUGGUUCACACUGGUCCUGUCUCCUUAAGAGCAUCAAUUCAUGGGUUAGUGAUAAAUGUGAUUCAUUCCUUAUGUACCUGCACUAAGCCAUCAUUUGGAGAAACUCAGAGAAUAUUGAGGUUAAGUUUGGAUGAGUUCUCACUUCCCAAAUUCUAUUUAUUAUUUGGUAUAAGCAAAGUAAAAUCUGCAGCUGUGACAGCCUUUCGUUCAAAUUGUCGUCAUGUGGACCGUUCCUUUGGUUGUUCUAACACAGAUAAUGAGCCAAUGCCUUUGGCAUCUUUAGAAAUAAUAACUGAUGCAAUUCUAGAAAUAAUGGAGGCUUGUAUGAAAAACAUUAACAACUGUGACUGGUUGCAACAAUGGACGUCUUUAGCCAAAAGUUUUGCUUUUCGUUAUAAUCCAGCUUUGCAACCUCGAGCUCUUAUUGUAUUUGGUUGUAUCAGUAAAACUGUCCGUGAUUUAGAUGUAAAGCAACUUCUCAGAAUCUUAGUUCGAGCUCUAGAAUCUUUUCAAGAUUUGCAGCUGAUAGAGGCAAUUAUCAUGUGUUUAACAAGGUUACAUCCAUUGUUACGUCCUGAAUCUCCAAUUCAUCGAGCACUUUUCUGGGUAGCUAUAUCUGUGUUGCAGUUAGAUGAUAUGCAGUUAUAUGCUGCAGGCUUAGCACUGCUGGAACAAAAUCUCCAUACUUUGGAUUCCCAAGGAAUUUUUGAAAAUAAUACUUUGGAAUACAUUAUGAUGUCCAGCAGAGAACCCUUAGAAUGGCAUUUUAAGCAACUUGAUCAUUCUGUAGGACUAAGUUUCAAGUCUAAUUUUCACUUUGCCCUUGUUGGACAUCUUAUAAAAGGUUUUCGUCACCCAACACCAACCACAGUUUCCAGAACUACCAGAGUCUUAAAUACUUUGCUGGGAAUAGUUGCAAAACCACAUAAAAGGGACAAAUUUCAAGUAACUCCAGAAAGUGUUGCUUAUUUAGCUGCUUUAGUCUCUGUAUCUGAAGAGGUGCGGAGCAGGUGUCAUUUGAAACACAGAAUUACUCGUGUUGUAUCUGAAUCUCCCAGUGCCGAAGCUUUUGCUACAGAACUCCAUCUCACUGUUUCACCUCAAGUGUCGACAUCGCCAAGCAACCCUAGCCCACCUACCCCUUCACCUUCAUCUAAUUCUGCUCAAACAUCUCCCCAUGGCCCACCUCCACCACCACCUAGCAAUUGUACGCAACAGACAUUACCUGUAACACCUGUAAAUAGAAGACACAAAUCUUGGGACACUCUCGAUCAGAAUGCUUUGUUUCAAGCAAAACAGAACAAACAGUCUCCUGUUCAACAGCCACAGUCGAAGGAUAACAAGGUUUGGCGUAGUUUAGACAUAGAUGCUCAAAACAUGAGACCUCGUUUCAAAACACAACGUAGCAGCUCUAUGCCGACACCUAAGGCUCAGAAAAGUGAAGAUGGGGGCAGGAUGUCUCCAGACUUAGAUGACCAAGAGGAUGAAUCUCUGGCCCACAAAGAAGGAGCAUCUCGAGUAUCAAAUGAAGAUAAUGUUCUCUUGGACCCAGAGGUCCUGGUUGAAUUUCCUACUCAGGCUUUAGUUCUCACUGUAUUGGCAACAUUAGUUAGGAAUACUACGGAUGAAAAUGAAAUGCAAAUUCUAUAUGAAUACUUAGCUGAAGCCUCUGUGGUGUUUCCCCGUGUCUUUCCAGUGAUACAUAGUCUUUUGGAUUCUAAAAUUACUAGUGUGCUAUCAUUAUGCCAUGAUCAAGUAAUACUUUCAGCUGUACAGAGCAUCAUUCAAAAUAUGAUUUCAUGUGAAGAUAGCAGUCAACAACAACUACACUACUUACAAACUUUUGGAUUUGGAGGUCUUUGGCGUUUCGCAGGACCAUUUUCAAAGACUACUACUUGCGCUACAUCUACAUAUUGUUCGCAAACAAACCUUGACAAUGCUGAGUUAUUUGUGAAUUGCUUGGAAGCCAUGGUUGAAACCUGUUUGCCUGUCGAAGAUGGAGAAUUGCAUGAUUUGUCCCAAUAUCCAAGCACACUUAGUGUAUCAUCUACUAUGAAUUUGUCUUCUUCAAUGUCAAGUUUGACUCUUGGUUCCCCCACAGAAAAAGAACCUAACACAGAAUACUGCUCACUAGUCAGUGAUGGAGCUUCACGAAUGAGACAUGGAUCUAGCACUCAGCUUUCCCGACAGCGCAGCCUAAAGUGUAAAAAUUCCAAAAAUGGAAAAAAUUCUCAUUAGUGAAAUUUGAAGGAGCUUCAACUGGUAGGCAGUAAUUAUUAAUCUUAUUAAAAUGACUCAAAUUGUGUCAUGUUUAUAUAUAAAAAUAUGUAUAUUUUCAUAUGAAUACUAAAAAACUAUUAUUAAUUCAAUUGUAUUCACAGAAGCCAAAAUUUUCAAUAGGGCACUAAUCUCUUUCCUGUUUAUGGUUGAAAUAUCUAGUAACAAACUUUUAGUUUGUCACAAUUUUUUUGUGAAAAAUGAAAACAGUAUAUCAAUUUUUGAUUUUCUAAUGACAUGCUUUAAUUCAUAAUAGUUUAAAUGAAUUAAGCUAGGGGGAGAAAAUUUCAAGUUUUAUUGAAUAAAAACUUGAAAAAUCAGAAGAAUAUUUAUGAGUCUAUAACUUAUAGCUUUACUGACAUAUUUUGGUGUAAUGCAAAUCUACUUAAUUACUACUUUGUCAAACAGCAUUGCUGUUUUCGUAUAUGUUUCACAACAUAUGUUCAAAUUUUAAAUUGGUGUAACAUGGAAUAUUUAAAAUAAUUUUGUAAUAGAUAAUGUUAUUGUCAAUGUAAAAAAGCAUGCAGUUAACUCGUGGUAAUUAUAUAUAUUGAUCUUAUUAUUCGUAAACCCUCUGUGCUUUUGUAGGUGGGUUUAAUUCAUGCAAAUAGGGGUCAGAGGAAGGAUGAAAGAUGAGUAACAAUGAAAUAAACUUGAAUUACUCAUGGGCUAAAUUAAAAUAAAAUAAUAAGUCAAAAAGGACACGAUACUUGCAUACACAUGAAAGAAAUUUAAAAAGUAUCUAAUAGGGUAGGAAUCAAAAUCAAAAAAUGAUGAAUUCCAGAAAUGCACUCAUCCUUCCGCAUCUCGCUCCUUAGUGCGAGAGAAUCAUCUAAAAAUGGUGAUCAGUAUCUCAAGAUUCUGAAACAAACAGUAUGCUUUAUUAAUUUUGGAAUUUUCUUUUACACUUUGCAUGUGCAUGUAUUUUGAUGUGGGCUUACACAUGGAGUGAACGUAAAACUGCUUAAUACCUUCCUAUAUGUGAUUUAUACUCUAGUGACAGACGGCAAAAAAACAAACAUAAAAGUAUGUUUCUUGCAUGCAAUGCAUUAAUAUAAAAUGCAAAUGUUUCUAAAAUUAAUUAUUUUACAUACUUCCUAUUCUUUUUAUAUAAAAAUAAAUAAAAUCUGUAAAUUCUAUUUUAGAGUAAUAGUUUUAAAAAAUCAAAACAUAAAAAUAAUUUUCAUUAGAGAAUUAAAGUCCCAAAAAACAUAUAAAAAGAUUUUUUAAUGUCAUAUUGCAUAUUUAACAUUUUCUGGAUCAUUAAUUUUCAAAUGUUGGUACUUAUCAUGAAAACUAUAACUUUAUAACAUAGAAUAUAUUGAAAUUCCCAUUAAAAUUGUAUUUGUUGAUUAAUUGGAUGGUUUAGACUGGGACUUAGUUUCAUAAUUUGUUUAAUAAGGACCACUUAUCGAAAAAAAAAUUCAAAGAAUUUGUUUCAAUAUUCAUUGCCUAUACCUGCUUGAUCUAAUUAUCACUAUGAAUAACUUUAAAGAAAAAAAAUAAUAUUUGGUUGUUGCAACUUUAAAAAUUCAUUUGCACUCACUCAUAUUGUAUAGAUUAUGGUUCAUUUCAUGUUCUAUUUGUAAAUAAGAGCAUUUUUAUUUUGCAUGUAUUAAUGGGAGAUUUUAUUAAUUCAACUAUAUCCUGAACUGGAAAUUGUUUUGAAUCUCUUUUAUAAUUUUUUUUUUCUUCUUUUGAAAUGAACAUAAUGUGUUUUGUUUAUAUUGUGCUAAAGAACCACUCUAAAAUUAUCUAAAUUUAAAUACAUCAUGUAUUUUUUUAUAAUGCUAUAUGCUUGAGAUGCAUAGGUUUACAUUGUUUUAAUAAAGAUGCGAUGAAUAGAAUUAUGUAGAUAAAGUCUAAUUUAUAGCAGUUAUUGCAUUCCAAAGGGGCAGAAAUGACAAAAAAAUAUGCUCAUCCAUAUAAAUUUUGGAGGCUAGUCUUACUCAAUCCCACCAAUUAAGACUUUUGAGUUCAGGGUAUGAAUGCAUUAAGAAUACAUUGUAUAAAAUGUAUCACAAAUUUACUUUAUAUUGGUAGCAGCUAUGAGUCAUAUAUUCAGUAUUACUUUUACAUGUAGGUGAUGUACAUAGUAAUUCUUGUUUUUGUAUUUCUGUUCCUUCACAAAUGUAUACGUUUAAAUGUAAGAAAGAUUAAAAUAUAUAUAUAUAUAUGCUGAGAAAUUCUUAAAUCAUUUCUAUCUCCAUUUUUGUUACUAUUAUUUCAUUUUUCCCUUUGUGUAACUUUUUUUUUUUUUUUUUCAAAUGACGGUGAUUAAUAUUUCAUUUUGUGCUUGCAUUGUAGUGUAUGUAUAGAUUGUAUAUAUUAAGAUUAAAUCAUUUAUAACUUCAGGACAUCUUCACAUUUUACUUUCUGCUGCAAUAGGAUUCAUUAAUUUUGCUAGGUUAAGAAUUUUUCUUGUGUGAUUCACUUGCAUGUAGAGAACUAUAAGCUUCUAUUUUCAUUUAUGUAUAUUUUGAAGUAUAGUGUUCAUCUCCCUUCAUGCUUUCUCUAAAUGCUUAAUAAUUUUUCCAUUUUUUUUAAUAUAAAAACAUCAAUUUUGCACAAAAUCACAAUGAAUUAUUCUCUUGCAUAAAGCUUAGAAUUUCCAAUGUGUUUUUUUAUUUAUCUUGUUGUCAGAUGUUUGUGUGAUUUCAAUAUUAUUUUGUGUUUUAAUUUUCAAUCUGUUAUGGAUAUGGAAUUACUUUUUAUAUAUAUGAUAUAAAUUAAGCAUAAUAAGGACAUUUUAGUAUGAUAGAAACUCAAUUGCCCAUUAUUUUAUUUUGCUUGAAACUAAUUGCAUUAAAGUUUAAAAUAUAAGAAAUACAAAACUAUAGAUUUUAAUGAUUAAAAAUUUGAUAUCAUGAAGGUUUAAAUAUCUUUAAAAAGGAGGUGAAAUUACUCAUCCUAUUCUUAGGGACAUUUCUUUAAGGUUUUUCCAUAUUUAUAUAAAGAAACAGAUUUGAUUCUAAUUUAAUUCCUGGGAAAUAAACAUUGACAUCUUAUUCAUCCAAAAAAUAUUUGUUUUCCAGUGUAAAAUUUUAAGCAAAUAAUCACUAAAAGCUUUACUGUUUUUCACAUAUUCUUCUAAUUUUUACCUUUUCUAAAGUGCAAAAUACUACUUUACAAAACAUGCUUUUUGUUUUGUAAUUAUUUUUUAAAUUUAAAUGGAAUUAAAAUAUAUUGCAUAUUUUCACAUGUAAAUAUUUAUAUUUGUUUAUAGAUUUGUGGAGUGCAUGUUGCUCCAAAUGUUCUUUAAAAAUAUGUAUAUAGUGUCAUACAAAUCAGCAUAUAGACAUAUUAAUGUAUAUUAAAGUAAACAUGCAUUUCAUAUUUUUGUAUAAAGGAAUUCCAUGAGUUGUUUAACUUGUAAUCCUUUUUUAGUCGUGAUAUUUGUAAGGGUUAAAUUUCCUGAACUUCUACAAAUAUGUAAGUAAUAUGAUUUCUACAGGAAUUUAAUCAAAACGUCUUCUAGUUUCAGUCAAAUUCUGUAGUAUUGCGCACAAUAAAUCUGCAAUCUUACUGUGACAAAGCACAUCUAAAACUAAAAAAAUUACAUUUUUUUAAAUGUUGCUAAAUAUCUCUGUGGUGCUAAUUUUAAAUUAACAUCUUUAUGAUUGUUAUUUAGUGCAUAUUUAUAUGAGAAUAAUAAUGUUAACUACUGAAAACUAUAUGUAUAUUCAUGUUUAAAUUUUUCCUUUAAAAGGUUCAGAGUAAAUUAAAAAGUUCUUUUCAUAAUGAAGUCACAUUAACUAUGAGCUGUAGAAAUUUUUAUCAAUUUUUAAAACAUUAUGGUACUUUGCGUAAAUAAUCUAUGCUAAUAGUAAGCAAGCAGUAAAUCAUGUAGCUGUAUUUCUUUAAAAACUAUUGUGACUAACUCGAACUUUCCAAAUGAAACUGUGACAUUUGUACUAAAUCAAACAUUUAUGAGCUGUUUAUUACAUUUGAUUGUAUUUUAUGAUGAAAAUGAAUUAUAAUGAGGUUGAUGUCUAUAACUCUAUUGAGCUUUAUUAUAUCUAAAAUAAUAUAUCCAAUUGCCUCAGUUAUAAAUAAAAAAUUUUAAAAACUGUUAUAUUUUAAAUUAGCUAUAUGCUUUUUCCACAGUACAAGCAUUGUAGAAUUUACUAGUUGCUUACAUGAAGCAAGUUGUAUUUUUAUUUACUCUUAUUUUAAUGAGCUUAUAUAAGGAAAUAGGUUAGCCCUUCUGUUGCAUUACUUUUAUCUGCACAAUCUUCUCUUGUGAUUCAUACUUCUUAUCUAUGGUGUUAAUAUAUUCUUUGUAGAUUACCAUUUUUGACCACUUUUGAUGGCAUGAUCUCAUAUUGUUGUUUCCAUUUCAUAAAGUUGCUUCUUUUGUUUGUAUAGUAUUUUAUGUAUUGCAUUUUUUUUGUUUAUAAUUUUACAUUAGACAUUAGCACAGCUGUAUUGUUCUAUUG